UUUUCUCUCCCAGCCUGUUCUUUGUCAGGACCAGCCAACCACUCACUCACUCACUGGAGGAAAAACUAGGCUACUGGUGCUUCUGGAGUGGCAUCUGAUCCUGCCUUCAUAAUAACCAAAGCCCUUCUGUAAAGUACCGGAGGAAAUGUCAUACCCGGCCGAGGAACUCACCAACAAGCCCUUCGCGGCCCAGUUGUCCAAUGUUUACCUCAGUAUCUUGGCACUGUUCUGCUUCAAGCUCUUUAUCAAGAUAUCCCUCAACUUGCUGACAUACUUCUACAUUGUCCGUGGGAACCGUAAAGAGGCUGCCAGGAUAUCAGCAGAGUUCUACGACUACGGCCAGCAGCACAGAUCCUGGGCGGACCGCUCCCCCCUCCACGACGCUGCGGGUCAGGGCCGCCUCCUGGCCCUGAGAAACCUCAUUUUACAGGGUCACAAUGUGAAUGUUAUGACCAUAGACCAUGUGACUCCCCUCCAUGAAGCAUGUCUUGGAGACCAUGUUGCCUGUGCCAGAGCUCUCAUUGAUGCAGGAGCCAAUGUCAAUGCAUCUACUAUUGACGGGGUCACUCCUCUGUUCAACGCCUGCACAGUGGGCAGUGUGCCAUGCACAGAGGUCCUUUUGGAAAACGGAGCAAAACCCCAGACCCCCACGUUCCAUCCUUCACCCAUCCACGAAGCUACCAGCAAAGGUCAUAGCGGUUGUGUGGAGGCACUGGUGACCUGGGGGGCAGAUGUGGACAUGGACAUUCCUCACCUGGGCACGGCCCUCUAUACAGCCUGCGUCUGCCAAGAGCUCGAGUGCGCCAGAAAACUCCUGAGGGAAGGUGCAAAUGUCCAGAAAGGCAAAUCCCUGGAGUCUCCCUUACAUGCAGCUGCAGAGAAAGACUGCACGGCGGUGGUGAAGCUGCUGCUGGACUUUGGUGCAGACAUUAACGCCAGGAACAUGGAGUUCCAGAGGCCAGUAGAGGUGGCUCCAGCCAGCAGUAUAACAGAGGGCUUCCUACUGCUCUAUGAAGCUACACCUCGACUGCUGAGCCAGCUGUGUCGUCAGUGCAUCAGGAACUGUGUGGGCCGAGACAGACUGCACCUCCUCUCCCACCUUCCUCUGCCCAGCCUGCUCAGGAACUACCUGCAGUACAGAUGACAAGCACAGCAACUAAACUGUUUGCCUAGCUGAGAUUUCCAGAAAAAAAAAAAUGCCUUUGACGCAAAAUGGCACUUGAACUCGGUGAACUCAUCCUGCCUUUAUUUUUAGCUACCAGUCAGUGCAGCAGCAGUUAAUUGAAAUUUGUCACAGAGGAGCUGCUUUGCGGCCACAAAACCAAACUGUGGCUGCAGCUUCCAGGUAUGAAUGUGUGUGCUGGGACAAAUGUGAUGCAGGGUGUUGCUGAAAAAGAGCAUGCAUGCUUACUAAGCUUUCCCUGGAUAAACAAUGGUUAGAGAAAAAAAACAAUAAAAAAAAAAUAUGUCUAUGCUUUACAAUGCAGGUUUGCAAUACAUAGAUGAUGCCUAAGUAGUUGCAAUAGCUACCAGAGGGUGAUGCACUUUGAUACCACAAUAAAUAACUAAAUAAAUAAAUAACAUGUGCCAUAAUU